UUCUGCUCGAACCGUGUGACAAGAGGCCAAAUAAUUCAUCUAUAGCGCUAUAUACCGCUUUUGCGCUCGUUGGAGAAAGUGUGUUUAGUCAGAAUUAAGGAACAGAAGAGGUGAAAUGUGUUGUGAGCGCAGAGACAAGAUCAGCACCCAGCGGAUGAACUUAAGAAAUGCUUAGUUGGUUUUCGUUAGACAGUAGAAUGGUAGUAUUUUUGUCAGAACGCCAUAUCGUGAGUAAUGCAACAGCUAUCAUCUGAAUAUCAUACACCUUUAUGAUCUGGUGAUCAAUAGUUCAGACAAAAAAGGGGAUGGACAAAACAAAGUAACUCUGUUAACCGACUCUUAAUGGUGCGGUAAUAGUCAUUUGUUUGGAGGUGCUUCAUCAUCAUGGUUGUUGAGAGGACUCUUCUCGCAGCGAGGCAAGGGGAUGUGCAAACUUUGAAAGUGCAAUUGGCGGAGAAAGUACUCAACAGCGAUGUGAAAGACGUGCUAGGAGCGACCCCCGUACACCACGCAGCUCGGGCAGGAAAGCUCACCUGUCUGCGGUACUUGGUAGAGGAAGCUGGCUUACCUGCGGACAGCCUGGCUAGAAAUGGUGCAAGUCCUGCGCACGACGCUGCAGCCACGGGCAACCUGACCUGCUUACAGUGGCUUGUGACGCAUGGAGGAUGUCGAGCGGUCGAUAAAGACAGCUCAGGAGCCACUGUCUUGCAUCUGGCUUCUCGCUUCAGCCAUCAUGAGAUCAUUGAUUGGUUGCUGAAGAGUGGGGAGGGGGAUCCUACUGUUGCCACGGAUAUGGGGGCGCUGCCUGUUCACUAUGCUGCAGCUAAAGGGGACUUGCCGUCGCUCAGGCUGCUAUUGGAACACAGCCCAAACGUUGUCAAUUUCCAAACCAAGAAUGGUGCCACACCGCUAUACCUUGCAUGUCAGGAGGGUCACCUGGAAGUUGUCCAGUACCUAGUGAAGGACUGUGGGGCGGAGCCAAGUAUCAGAGCCAAUGAUGGGAUGACACCACUGCACGCUGCUGCCCAGAUGGGACACAACACUGUCAUUGUCUGGCUGAUGAGUUUCACAGAGAUCAGUCUGUCUGACAGAGAUAAUGAUGGUGCCACUGCCAUGCACUUUGCCGCCAGCCGUGGUCAUGCCAAGGUCCUCAGCUGGCUCCUACUGCAUGGUGGGGAGAUAGUGACUGACAGCUGGGAAGGGACGCCGCUGCAUGAUGCCGCUGAGAAUGGAGAGCUGGAGUGCUGUCAGAUUCUAGUGGUGAAUGGAGUGGAUCUGGGCAUACGAGAUCAGGAUGGAUUCUCAGCAGCAGAUCUAGCUGAAUACAAUGGGCAUCAACAGUGUGCCAAGUACCUCCGCACAGUCGAAAACAUGAGUGUGGAGCACCGAGUUUUGUCCCGGGACCCUUCCACAGAUCUGGAGUAUAAGCAGCCUGACUCGGGCCUGUCCUCUCCCAAUGCCACCCUGCCCAUCGCGGCGCCCCUGGCAGCCCACUUUGACAUCUGCUCGCCCUCAAGCUCACUGUCCAAUUAUGAUUCGGCAAACUCCAGCCAGUCCAGCACUGGAGAGAAGAAGAGCAGCACACCUCCCUCACGAACACCUACAGGAGCUGGAGAUUCGGCCAUCACAGACAUGCAGACAUAUAUGGACAUGUUGAAUCCUGACACUCAGAAUGCGACAGAACCUGCACACCUUCCACCACCUCCAACGUUUCCCCCACCCCCACCUCCAUCUAACUCCUCCCACAUUCCACCUCCCCCACCCACAUUCCCCCCACCCACACCACCUGAGGAGGAGGCCUCUGCCGAGUACCUGAAGGUGAAGAGGAACCUUCGAAGAGUGGACAAUGACAUAGUAAAAAGAGAGCAGUUGAAUCCUGGGGAAAACCCUGACAGACUUCGUAGAGUCGACUCGAACCGGAAAUCUCGUAGCUUCAGCAAGCAGCCCAGCACUGGGGAUUACUACAAGGCUCUGGGUAGCGAUACCACAGACCAGCGCCCCAACAGAGCCAUGGCACCCAAUGAGGAGGGUUCUGCGCUGUUGGAUGAACCGGCAGACACAGCCCCUGCUCCUCAGAACGGCACAGGAAAUGCCGACGAUCUACCCCUUCCUCCUCCUCCUCCUCCUCCUCUACCUGCCAGCAGCUCAAUCCCAACUCCACCCCCACCUCCACCUCUCCCCUCAGAGGUGCUGGCUCCUCCACCUCCACCCCCUCCCACAAACACAAGCACCAACACCACACCAGCCCCCACCCAGCGCCGCAUGUCUGGCUCCUCCAACAAAGGGGAUCUGUCCUCUACGCAUCUGUCUCCCUCUGUCACCCCCGCUCCAGAAUCACUCCGCCAGAGGAAGAGCAAUAAAUCCUUCAACAUGAUGUCCCCCGCUGGAGAUAAUUCUGAGCUUCUGGCCGAAAUUAAAGCUGGGAAGAGUCUAAAGCCGACACCUCAGAGUAAAGGCUACACGACUGUCUUCUCAAACAGCAGCACAGCGGAGAACAACGGGGAACGUCCAACAUCGCCGCCACAGCCUCUGCCAAAACCACAACUCAAUGACACCCAGUUCACAAAGCCAGCGUCUCCACCGACCAACAGCCCACCAACACCUCCCACUCCCACGGCCAGCAGUGGGUCGCCCCAGAGUCUGUCCACAUCACAAAGCAAUGAGCAGCUCACAACUGCCAUCAAUGGAAGUACUGCACCAGUCCAGAAGUACAGUGUGGUGGAUGCGGAGAGUCUGGUGCCCACCCAUGAUGAGCAGGGACGACCCAUCCCAGAAUGGAAGAGACAGGUGAUGGUGAGGAAGUUACAGGUGAAGAUGCAGGAGGAGGAGGAGAGCAAGAAGAAGGCUGAAGAAGAUGAGGCCCGUCUGGCUUCCUUACCUGCCUGGAGGAGAGAUAUCAUGAAGAAAAAGUUGGAUGAAGAGAAGGUGGACAGAGAACAGAAAAGAAAAGAGGAGGAGCAGCGGCGAAUGGAGAAGGAGAACGAGCAGAAGUCGGAACUGGAGCGACUACGAACGCUAGGCUAUGAUGAAACCAAGCUGGCACCGUGGCAACGGCAGAUCAUUUUAAAGAAAGGCGACAUAGCGAAACAGUAGAGUUCACACUCCCAGUCAUUCUCAUUCACAUUUGCAAAACUUUCUGCUGACGUACAGAUGUAGGACACUACACGUUCACAAUCUGCAAGACCCUUUUAGACGGGUCACCAGACACUGUUCUGGUUGCUUGACCAUCAUCAUCAUCAUCAUUACCAAUUCUUCAGAGCUCUGAUGAUUCAUAGUACAGUUAAAUAGAUUAAAAAAAAUUGAUUGUGGUUGAGUCAUAUUCCUUUGAUUAGUUAGCCAUCCUAAUAACAGUACAUUUGUAAAUUAUUUUGCAGAAAAUAUUUUUAGCACUCCCCACCAAAUCCUUUGGCUUUACAGUAGUUUUUUUAUAUCUAGAUAGAUAAUUUAUGUCAAUAAAAUAACAUUUACUAUGCUUUUUCUUGGUACCUCAUGUGGACACCACUGUACACACACACACACACACACACACACACACACACACACACGUGAUAGUAACGUUCUUUUACUCCAGCUAUUUCAGAUCAUUAAUAUAUGAGCCAAAAACAUAGAAAUCAUAAGUCUCUUAAAAAUAAUAAUAAUCAUAAUGAUAUAUGUCAUAAUGAGCCACAAUGCUGGGCUGCAAUUAUCCAGAAGGUGGCAUCAGAGGUCCUUUUAAAAAUUGCCCUUAGUAAGUCUUCCCAGAUAACAAAGCUCACAAUGUUUGCUAAACCUAUUAGUUGCCUGAUUUUUUCUCAGUCAUAAUAGGAUAAGAUAAGCCAAUGUCUUAAAUAUUCAACAAAAUAUUAAAUAUUGCAUCUGAUGUUCUAAUCAUAAUUGCUCAGUGAUCUUCUUUAUGAUGUCAUUGUAUUCAACCAUGCUGUAGUCCCAAAAAGGAAGCUAUUUACAGAUAUUUUGGGAUAUAAAAUACAUAAUUAUUUGUAAUAACUUUUUCUUUCUCUGCUUGGUUGUCGUAGACUGUGUGCUAUUGUUAAUAUAUUUCGAGUAACCAGACCUCAGAAAAGUGCCGGAUUUGGAUCUGUAUGUAUGUGCGUGUAUGAGAGACAGAGUAUAUACAUGUAAUUCGUCUGUCUUGUGUCAUUCACUGUGCGAUGGGUAGAAUUGAUGUAUUUUCGAGUGUUUGUUUUCUUUUACAACUGUAAAUGAUAAUAAUAAUAAUAACAUAAGUAUAAGAGAUAUGCAUGGUCCUUCUUGGGUUUGGAAACAUUCAGAUGCCAUAAUGAUAUUGAAAAACACAGAUGUGAAUGUCAUUGCCAUUAUAAGAUUUUCUAUUCAUAAUGACUCAAUACAAUAGUAUGGAUUAACCCUUACUGCCCUAUAAUAAUAUAUGAUGGUCACUUACAUGUUUUCCUGGUUUCAGCCUGGCUUGCAUAGGCAUUCUUGUAAUUUUCCCAAUGGCAAAAUAAUUUAAUAAAAGUUUAA